GUUUUCACAUUUUUUUUAGUAUAUGCGGCAUAUCACUUGGUCGCAUCCCAGAAGAGAAAACGAAACCAAAGCAGAGCAACUAUGAAGCGGGAGAAGCUGGACAGUGGCAUCCCAUACCUUCCAGAAGAAAUCAUCAAAAGCAUUCUUAAGGGGCUUCCAGUGAAAUCUCUGAUCCGAUUCCGAAGUGUAUGCGAUCUUUGGAAGAACAUCAUCAAUGCCCCUUCCUUCAUCACCGACCACUUCAACUAUUCCAGCCAUCAAAGCUCUUCUCUGAUUGCUACGCACGAUGGUGCCUUCAUUAAAUUCUCGCUCGACCUGGACAAGGGACUCCGCGAGGUUCAGGUCGGACCUCCGAUCGAUUCCGACAGACCCCACAGGAUUGUCGGCUCCUGCAACGGCUUGGUCUGUCUUCAAACCGGCCGGCCUGAUACUCCUACUCUUUCAAUCUGGAAUCCUGCGAUUCGUGAGGUUAUGCAGGUUCCUAGAAGUAGAACACUUGAUGCUACAAAAGUUCAUUAUUUGGGAUUCGGAUUCAGUCCAUUAGUUAAUGAUUACAAGAUUAUUGUGAUGACCUUUGCGACUUGGGGUGAUAUGGUUAAGAAUGUGGUUAGUAGAAUUAAAGUUUAUUCAUUGGCUACAAAUUCAUGGAAGGACAUAGAAUUCAGCUGUUUAGAUGGUAUACGCCUUUCCUCUCCAAGCCUGAACGUUAAUGGAUUGAUAUUUUGUUUAGCAAGCAAGACAGGUUUGGAUGGAUCUCAUGUCAUAGUUUCUUUUGAUUUAGCAUCGGAAGAGAUUAAAUUGAUACCAACACCUUUAUCCGGGAAGGAAGAAGCUAAGCUGAUUGUGUAUGAGAACAGGGCUGCCCUACUCUAUUCCUCUUAUGGUCCAAACUCAAGCAAUAUUGAUGUUGAUUUGUGGGUGAUUGAAGAAGGCAUUGGCUCCGUUUGGAGUAAGAAGUGGACCUUUUGUCCAUACUCCUUUAUACGCCCAUGUACCAUUUGUACGAAUCUAAUUGUCUGCACUGGAGUGUUUUGCUUUAAGAAGUUUCAACUUGAAGAAGAGGAGAAGGAUUACUCGGACAUUGAAGUUGAUACUUUUCUGAUCAAUCUUGCUUCGAAUGAAUUUAAGGUCGUUGAUGAAAGCACAUAUGGCUAUAGUGGUAAUUCUUUUGAAUAUGUUGAAAGUCUUGUGUCCCCGAGCAAUAUCCAGGUUGGGAACUCUUGAUGAUAAUGUGUUAUAUAGACUAGAAGGCAGUUGAGAUGUUUAUAUUUUUGUGUUCCUUUUGUUCAUUGUUUAUAAGUUUAUUCACUCAACAAAUGCCUAUGAACAGAGCAAUUUUGAGGUGUUUGAGUUUUG